GCUUUGCUUAGUUCAAACAGUGCGGCCGGUUGAACGCACACACUCAUUUCCCGAAUCUGGUCGGUUUUUUGACAGAGAGUAAAGUAAACUAAGAAUAGCUGUGGGCGCUACGGGGGCAUUCAUUUGCCCGUGGAUCUUGCCGCCAGCUGCCUGCGUGUCCGACCUAGGCUCGUUAUUCACUUUUGGCACACCGCCCUCGCAUAACUAAACUUGAACUUCGCCAUGAGUUACCGCAGCAGGAAACUGUUACAAACCGGGCAGGGAAAGCGAGCUGAGGCGGACGCCCACGCAGCACUUCGGCCGAUGGUAGCACCCACGGUUGAUUCAGGACCGGUGAACAGCCUCGGAUUUUCCAUACCCAUCCCAAGCAUCAGACAGGCAGAUAUCCAGGAAGGAUUGGGGGACAUUACAUCUCGUCUGAAUAGGGCCCUAAGUCAAUACGCCAAUGUUUAUGAUGACGACGAAGUGAGCGAAGAUGUGGACUGGGCUACUGAGGGGCAAGCUGUCAGCCGCAGAGUUGGGGUCCAGGAUGAGAGGAAAGAAUUCCAGGCUCGGUACGAAUCAAUUACUGCUCGAGUGGAGGCAAUGGAACGAGAGCGAACAGAGUUGAUGAACUCCAUGGCAGAGUGGCUGGAGGCCGAACCAGUUCAAUGGAUACCAACCCCAGAUUCCCAGGCAACCACAGAUGAUUCAGAGCCUUCAAGGGCGUCAUUUGGUGAUCAGCUAUUAAAUACCAAGAUGGAAUUUGAGAAGUUGAGGCACAUGAACCACGAGAAGGAGCGCCUUGGUAGCCAGGGACAGGACACAGAACUGCUCCAGGAAGAGUCUUCCAAGCUUCAGAUGAAAGUCAUAACAAAGUUUAAAAAAUUAUACGAAACGAGGAAGCUUGCGGCAACUCGGCGCACAUUUGGCGCUCAUUGGAAGCACGCCUCAGACGAGAUAGUGGGCCUCCUACGACGCAUUCGAUCGGAGGGAACUGAUCAUAUCGACGCUUUGGAGGACGAAAUAGAGAAAGCAAUGACUGCAAUACAACGACAGGCAGAGGAAAUGAUAAGGCUUGAAGGGAAAAUACGAGAGAAGGAAGAGAUGGUCGAGAAGUGGUCAACAGAGAACGCCAAGCUGACAAAUGACAACCUGCUCCUGAAUUCGGAGAAAGAGAAAUGCCGAGAUAUCAUCAGGAAGUUGAAAAAGGCCCUGAUAGAGGAACGACGCAAAAGAGGUACACCGACAACAGAUGAAGACGUUGAAAAUAUCGGCGAGGGGAAAGUGACACAGAAACUCGAAGAAAAAGUCCCACAGCAAAAAGAUCAACUUGGUGCUCGACGGGCUCCCGCUGGCCGGGAUGUGAAAGGAGAACGCGUGAUAUGCCGGCUUUGCCGGCGACGGAUCGAGGGUGGCGCGGAGAUGGGGCGGUCCGAGCAAGCCGAGGCCAAGGCGACUGAGAGAAGUGAUGAGGCGGAGCUAGUGGAGAGGCAAGCUCUUGCAGAUGAUGUGAUCCCCGGGGACUUGGAGACGCUGCAGGAGGAAAACAACUGGUUGACAGCCAGAGUGAACCAACUAGAGCAGAGACUCAUAGAAAAGGAAACUCAAAUGAUGAAGCUGGAGUUCCAGUUGUCCGAACUGAUGGAAGCCGUGAAGACUUCAUCGCCGCAGAUGAUCGAGACGCUGUCCAUGACCGACCCGGUAUCCGCGAAAGGCGUGAACCGUGCGGGGCGGGACAAACAAGCACCCGGCACCAAGCAGAUGGAGGAGCGUCCGUCUGGCGGCGGAACUGAUGGACGGGAGUCCAGCUUUGUUGCCAGUUCCAAACCAGCUGCAGGCAGAAAGACCUCCAGUCUCACAGUCCCUCGCGUGACCAAACCGUCGUCCAAACAAAGCGCCAAAAGAAGGACCGGGGAGCAACAGCCGAUCAAACAGCAAAGCCAGUCAAAUCUGACACAGGCUGCUGGAGCCUCGCCGCAGCGGAAAGAGCGACGCGAUUACGCUGCCGAAAUCUUGCAGUUGACGGAGGAGCGUGACAAGGUGCAGGGGGAGCUGGUCACGCUCAAAGGUCAACUCAUGCGAGCCCAGAGGGAGCUGGUCACUCUGAAGUAUGCGUCUAGCGCUCCGGCGUCGAUGGGGCCGAGAGGUGGUCCACUGCAGGGGCCGGAGGAAAAUGGGGGAGAACAUCGCCAUGACGUUCCCGGCCGAAGUAAAGAGGGUAGUGGCGUCAGCCUGUCGACGACCCAGAUCCCUUCCAAAACGACCACGGCACAGGAAACCCCCGCCAAGCCCAAGCCUCAGGCGGUCGUGAAGUACGAUGACGAGUUUCAGGCCUACGCAGAACUCAUGCGGAAGGAUCAGGACAGCCGCCCGGCCCGCAAGAUGAGUCGACCGUGCCAGAAGCCCAAAGACACGGGCAGAGGCAAGCAGGACAAAAGGGACCAGUCUCAGGCCAAAGAGGGUGAAGAGGAACAGGCGAAGGAUCUUGUCCAAAUGGAGGAGUAUCUCACGUUUGAUCAGGGAAUGCAGACGGACCCACAGAUGGACCCCCUCGGUCAGUGGUCCUAUGUACCAUCAUUGAAAAAGCGGCGGAAGAUCGACCCCUUACCAGUUCUCACCACGCGCAGCAGCACCGACACACCCAGCGACAAAGCACCCAUAGCCCAACCGCCCAUCGAGUGGACUCACUUUGACCCAACCGGACCCAUCACGCCAAUGGCCGAUCACAAGAGAGCCAGCAUUUCCCGUCAGAUGCGAGCUGGUGAGGAGCCAGCGACUGUGGACACCGGAGGCAUUGUGGAAUUCGUGGAAAGAGAGCUGGGCCGUAUUGUUCAAGGAAUCAACGGGUUCACAGGCUACCUCAAGCGGCUCAUUCAACGUGAAGUCGCCGACGUGAUUGUGGCAAAUCAGGACAUUCGUAGACGCCUGUCGGAAGCGACACUUCGCAAAUUGGACCAGGGAAACAAGGACAGCGCUCAUCCGUCCGCCGACGGCGGCAGGCGCAGCAGAGCACUGGCGACCCCAAUCCGAAGAGGGCGAUUCGAAGUCAUGAAGGACAACAGACCGUCAAAGUUUGCCGCCAAGAAUGCCUACGCGUCCCUGCAGUCAGGAGAACGAAGAUUUUUCCAUUCAGCCUCGCCAAUCCCUUCGUGGAAUAUUCAUUCCAAAAUACCGUCGCCUUCGUAUGCAGACUACAUCGGUCCCUGGAGCACUUUUGCUCGUGAUCACAUCGCAAUGGCGGACGAGGCAGCGACGCAGAGAACACUGGCAAGCCCGCACGACACCGUCUGUGUCCGCCUGCAACGCCAGAUCGAAAUGAUCGGACACCAUGCCAUAGAUGUGCUUAAAGGGACGGUCGUGUUCUUCAAAGAAACCUUCACGCGCCAGAUCGAGGAAUACAACACAAUCCACGGCGCCUUUGGCAUCCGCCAGGAACUGAAAACUCUCAUGGCGCCAUCAGUGACACCGAGUGAAAAUAGAGACGGCAUCACAGAUUCUAGGAAAGAGGUGGCUGAGGCAGAAGCUACCAGUGAUCGGGCUGAAGUCCCAUCUCUCGAGCCUCCACUCAAGCUGACACGAUCCAUCUCACACAACAGCUUCCUUGAAUUCCGUAACGUCAACUAUGUCCAGGACAACAGACGCGUAGACUUCAAGACCUCGCCAAAAGAAUACCCUUUGCAAACACAAUCGCUGAGCUCCAUCCAGAGUUCACAUCGCUACCUGCCAGCCCUUUCGUUGUACGAGAAACAAAAGCCGAGGAACAGAUAUGAGGUAGAACUACCCAAAGCAACACUACCAAGGCGAGGACUGGUGACUUUGGAGGUCAAAGACGCUGUGGCUAAUAUGGCAGCUAAAGGAGUUGACACUAAACGCCGCUCCCGUCCAGUAGCCAUUUCCCAUCGUGGGCUUCUUGCUCGUCAGCGAGAGAUACUAGCCAAACAAGGCACCACGCCCCAAGACGCACGAAAACAAGGCACUGACCACUUGACUACCACCCUGGAAUUAAAACAGCACAUUCUUCAACUCCAGGCCAAUCAGCUGUAUCAGAACACCGAGCAGAACAGCCUUCCCACGGUAGAACUUGAGGCAGACAACAGAAAGAACCUCCCGCCCUUGGACAACGAACGCCGGCGUAUUAUCAUCCAUGCCCAGGACCAACUGCGAGGCACGGUGCAACUAUGGGAUAAAUACGCGGGCCUCCUCUCAGAUGGGCGUAGUCCAGAAUAAGUCUCUGAAAAAAGCGUUGGAAUUACUUGGCUACACGACCGGCAACGACGCAUGUUAGUGGGAGAUGAAUAGCCCUAUUAAUUAAUCAAUAUUGCCGGCCGUAUGGCUAUGUAAUUCGAACAUUGCCUACAUAAUUUGCAAGUUAAUUUCGAAUGUUCAGCAUCCAGACCCUUCCUUUCUUCCCUUCGGGCAGUCAAGGGGGAAUCAAACAGUUAGUUUAAGAUCCAUUUUAGCCCGUUUUAUUAAUAUCCAGUAUUUGUUUGUAUCAUUCAUACUUUUAAUGGCUCUUUAUGCUGGACAUUUGGAACCAGACACAUCCUCUCAGUUUUAGACAAUGUGUCAUAAAUUUUGUCUUGUUAGAUUCAUCUAGUAUUUCUGUCAGACUAGUCUAAAACAAAUGUACACAGCAUAACACACCAUGUAUGACAAUAACAGCGAAUUCCUUUUUUUUACCCAAGUCGUAAACCUUUGAUUCGAAGUAAUUUUAUUAAAAAGGUUUUCCCAAGUGCUUUAAUUCUUUUAAGACAGUAAAUAUUUGCACCUAUAGCUUAUUUGAUUGGCAAAAUAAUGGUCCCACAGCAGAACAAUGACUGAUUAAGAAAAUUCACGUUGGACUCACAAUUAUGUGAUAAAGACUCGAAAUAUAAAAAAUCUUAUCAACCUUCCGAGGAAACACACGAUUGAAAAGCAAACUGAAUAUAACCACCAAAUAAGAAUAUCAUGUAUGAAACUCUCACCUUUGGUACAAGGAUAAACGUCGGCACUUCGGGAAAUAUGUAGACUUACCUUUAUUACAGGAAUUAAAUAUUGCUCAUAGGAACAACGCCGUUAAUUAUUUUAAUACGGAUGAACAAAACCUUCUCAAUUUUUUUAAUACUGAUUUAUUUACGAUAAUAUAUUGAUUGUCAUUUUAGUUUACUUUCAUUUAAAGACCACAUCAAUAAAAGCAAAAUAAAUUGCACAUUGGAAAACAA